CGAGAUGCCGUUCUCAAUCUUGACAUGGGAGCUCCAUCGAAAGUUAUGCAAGUCGUGAUGCGGAUAAAAUGUACAGAUACAUGGAAAAGCUCCAUCGAGGAGAGUUAAUCAAAGGAGAACGGGUGUCAACGGUUACAAUUGCCUCACUGACAGCGGCGGUCGACUAUUACGUCUGUAGAUUUGACUUCCGAAGGACCUACCGGCUGAGCGUUUCUGGACCGUUCAAUUCUUAUUAUUUGGGCACGAUUGCUGGCUGUAUUGUGAAUAGGGCUAGGGGUAAAUUACUCUUUCGUAUCAUUCAAAGAUAUUACGCAGGAAAGGGUUUGAUGAUAUCAAGUAAAAAUAGGAGUGAAGAAGCUGUCCAAAUGAGAAUGCCAGGAUCUCAUGAUAUCUUGACCAGAGUCAGUUAUCAAGAUCUUUGCUUUGGCCCAUUUUUUCUAUUGCAGUUUACGGUUUUACAAUUCAGUCUUCGCGAUUCAAUUGGUUUCCCUGGUGUUAGACUGGACAAAACUUUUUAUUUUAUUUUAUUUUAUUUUUUAUUUUUUUCGUUCUAAUUUUUUUUGCGUAUGUUUAUGGUAACAUUACCAAGUAGAAAGAGCGGUGAAGAGCCUUUCCGACUUGGAAAUUGGUGGUUUGGCACAACGAGAGGCUAAUUCUGCAGGAGCUAUCUAUUCUCGACGGAAUCGACAAUGGGCCUCAAGUCAGAUGGCACGGCAUUAGUCUUGAAUUUGACGGAGUCCGAGCGAUUGGUCUUGAGCAUGACAGCGACGCACGCCCGGAAAAGCCACCUGGAAGCCCAGAACCACCAAGUCGAGUCUGUUCU